CCGCGGGUCAUGUCGCGGAGCGCCGCGUCGUCGCCCUCCGGGGCCGGGGCCGCCGCCCCCCUCCCGCCGCCUCCGCUGCCGCUGCAGCCGCCCUUCGGUCCGGACGCGGGUCCCGGAGGCGGACGAGCCGAGCUGAAGCCGGUGCGGCGCUUCAUCCCCGACUCGUGGAAGAACUUCUUCAAGGGGAAGCGCGGCCGCGGCUCGGGCUGGGACGGAGCGACGUCCGACGUCGGGUUCGUGUCGGACGGGACACCGUGCUCGCCGCCCGCCUCUCCCGGCCCGCCGCGGGCGCGGCCCGGCCGCUCCGCAGAGCGGUGCGAGGGGUCGGGCGGCAGCUGCCGCUCGCUGGAGGCCGAGGCCAUGCUGCGCGGGGACUCGUCGGGCGCGCCCACUGGCAUGACGUACGAGGAGCAGGUGGAGGCCUACCGGCAGCGCUACGCCUACAUGAAGUCCUGGGCCGGGCUGCUGCGGCUGCUCGGCGUGGCCGAGCUGCUGCUGGGCGCCGCCGUCUUCGCCUGCGUGACCGCCUACGUGCACAAGGACAACGAGUGGUACAACGCCUUCGGCUACUCGCAGCCCUACGGCUACGACGCUUCCUACGGCGGCUAUUACUACAGCGGGCCCAAAACGGCCUUCGUGCUGGUGGUGGCCGGCGUGGCGUGGAUCGUCACCAUCGUGCUGCUGGUGCUCGGCAUGUCCAUGUACUACCGCACCAUCCUCCUCGACUCCAGCUGGUGGCCGCUGACCGAGUUUGGCAUUAACGUGGCCAUGUUCCUUCUGUACAUGUCCGCCGGCAUCGUGUACGUCAACGACGUCAACCGAGGGGGACUCUGCUAUUACCAGCUGUUCAAGACGCCGAUGAAUGCCUCUUUCUGCCGUGUGGAAGGAGGUCAGACGGCAGCCAUCAUCUUCCUGUUUGUCACGGUGGUCAUCUACCUGAUUAGCGCCUUGGUUUCUCUGAAGCUGUGGAGGCACGAAGCAGCCAGGAGGCAGAAGGAGCAGAUGGAACGAGAGAUGAAAACACAGGUGUCUUUACCAGACAGAAAGAGUGCUGACAGUGACAACGCACCGAAAGAAGAGGUCACUUACAGGCAGCUUAAAUCAGUGGAAAGGAAACCAGAACUACUUAAUGGUCAUAUCCCUGCAGGCCACAUUCCUAAACCUAUAGUGAUGCCAGACUACUUAGCGAAAUACCCAGCAAUUCAAACAAAUGAAAUGCGAGACCGGUAUAAAGCAGUGUUCAAUGAUCAGUUUGCCGAGUACAAAGAGCUGUCUGUGGAAGUCCAUGCUGUGUUAAAAAAGUUUAAUGAGCUGGAAGCGUUGAUGAGACAACUUCCUCAACAUCCUGGAAGCAUAUAUGAGCAGGAAAGGAUAUCAAAAGUUCUGCAAGAAUAUGAGAAGAAGAAAAAUGAUCCUGCAUUUCUGGAGAAAAAGGAACGUUGUGAAUACCUAAAGAAUAAGCUUUCUCACAUAAAACAGCGAAUUCAGGACUAUGAUAAAGUUAUGAACUGGAAAGUACAAAUUUAGCAAUGCCUUGAGCUUGACUACAAUAUUUUUCUAGUUUUUAAAUCAAUAAGUGUAUUGUAAAAUAUUUAUUUACUCUCAGAUCUGUGUACUUUCAGUGGGGAUAACAGCUACCUGAUCACUUCAUCACUUCACUGUGUGUUGUAUGUUACUGAUAGGUUUUAUGUGCAGGUUCAGUUACAAAUCUGUGUAAUGAAGUUGUCAGAUAUGUUUAGAAUACCAGUGUUUUAUUUGACAAGCUGGGGAGUCCACAAGAGAAGGCAGUUCUAAAUACUGCAUCAAAAGUGUGCGUGCAAAUUCUGUAUCAAGGAUGCAGAUGACGUCAGAAUGAUAUCAGAAGGAGUUGCAUUGUUCUCUGUGGCUGGGGUUUGGUAAUUUGAUCACACUGAGGAGUUUCAGCAGGUAGGAAAUGAAGUGUAUGAGGUGGCUGUAUUUUCAAAUACACCGUUGUAUGUUAGAAAUUACUGGGAGUAAGUUCCUAUGUAAGCAGUGAUCGUAUGCUGUUUUUUGUUUUGUUUUUAUGCUCCUCUGUAGAGGUGAUGCAACUUAAAAGUGGCCUUAAAAGUGACCAUAUAAGUGACCUUAGCAGAAGAGUGGCAUUGAGUGAGAGUCAUGUUUAGUGUUCCACUAGUGUUGCUGUAGACCAGGAUGAUCUGCAUUAUUUUGGGGACGUUUUAGUAGGCUUUGACUGGGUUAAAGAAGGAGUACUUCUCUUUGUCAGCAGGGAGCUGGACUUUCCGCUUUAGCUCACUUUAAGAUUGUGUAGAUGUUGCUGUUUGUGAACUUCUUAUUCAGUGCAGUACAAUGAAAUUAAUUCUCAAAAUAGAAAUUAUUAGCAUCUUUUAUAAGCCGAGGAGUAUUUUGUUUUCUGGAGUUUAUCUUUAUAAAUUCAAUAUAACUUUUCUUCUGUGUUGGGGUUACAGGUUUAUAUAUGCAAAUUUUCACAUAAGCCAGUGAAUUUUCUCUUUUUAUACUUUUUCACAUCUUUUUAAAAAGCUUUUUACAUAGUAAAAUUGCUGGAAGCAUUGAUAGUUUCCUUGUACAGGUUUAUAUAAUUGCAAAUGGACUAUUUUUUUGAAAUGUGUUUUAGUUUCAUUAAAAAAACGAAACAACCUAACGAUGUUAAUCCAUUACUUAUAUAAUCAUUUCACUGUUAAAAAAAAUUGCCCCUGUUGCUCAGUAUUGAAAACACAUUAAUACACCUAACUCUGGGAUUUAUUUCUGGUUUGAUUUUUGAGCUCUUAUCGUCAUUUAUGUUGCAAUCUUGAGCUUUUAUUCAUUUUCAUACUUAAAAAAUUGACUUUA